AUGGUGGUGGCGGAGCGGGAACGCCAUAUGUACGCAUGCGCAAUGUGCGUAGGAAAGUGGGAGUGGCAGGUGCACAAAGCCUAUUAUUGCGGCUUGUGUUUGUUUUUCUCUUCCAUUUUUCUGGAUUUUGGAACGAGAGAUUAGAGAGUGAGGAGGCGAAAGGACAUCAAGAGAGCAGAAAACAUGAGGUUGCUCCUCAAAGUAGCUGUGUGUCUCACGGCACUCUUGAUAACUACAGCCAAGGCCCAGCAACCAAUCAACUACAACAAUGUAGACACCACCAUACAGGACGUGGAAAACCAAACGGUGGAAGAGAUCGAAGACAAACUCAAGAACUUUUUCCACGAGUCCCGCAACAAGCUCUAUCUGGCCUUCUACAACCUCUCGUCCUAUCUCCCGCUGGAUAUCAACUAUGCAGAGACAGUGGGAAAGGAAUGCGAUAUUCUGGAGUAUAACCAAGAUUACUAUACCACCGUUGGCCUAGUGCUGGGUGGCCUCCUGGGCUUGAUCGGAAUCGUGUUCGCUUUCUUUGGUUACCGGCUCAUCAAAAUUGUCCUCUUCCUCAUUGGCUUUGUCAUUGGUUGCUCCCUCACCUAUUUCACGAUCCUCACCUUCUCCUCCGAGCACCUCCAUCAGACCUGGGUCCCUUACACCGCAGUCGCAGUCUCGGUGGUGGUGGGAUCAUAUGCGGAGUACUCACCAUCUGCGUCUACUACAUCGGGAUAUUCCUCGCCGGAGCUAGCAUCGGUUUUCUCAUCACUUGGUUUAUCCUCGCCGCGAUCGAUAUCCAAUUUUUCCGCGAGCAUAUCUACGUUCCUGUCAUCGGGGCUGCGUUGGGCGCGGUCAUAGUCGGUCUGGUAUCGCUCUGGAUCCAGAAGUGGUUCUUUAUGCUGGGGACUUCGAUCCUCGGGAGUUUCAUGAUCUGUUGGGGGGUCGACUAUUUCCUGGAGCUGGGGGCGAUGGUGUACUACCUGCUGUUGUUUGCAGAGCAUCGCUCGAGGCUGGAGCUGUGCUGGUAUUCCUGGUGUGCCGUCCCGCUUUUUGUGGCAUGUGGAGUGGCCGCCUUUAUAGUGCAGGCCGUGCUGACUGGAGAAGUAUGACCACAGGAAAGAGCUUAAAGGUCAGUUGUUUUAUGGCAUUGCAAUUUUUGACCCCUUUAUAAUUAUUAAAAGAACCCAAUGUGGACACCUCUAAUUUGAAACCCUGUCUGUUCCAGUGAUUAUAAUUUAGUGCAGAGAUUUAGGCAACUGCUAGUCAGAACUUGUAUUAUGCUGGAAUGGAUUAAGGACAAAGGCUUAAUAACUUUUUAUAAUUUGAUACCAUAAUCCUAUAUACCUACAGUAACCACUAAUAUAUUAUAACAUGACAUGUUUUGGCUCAGUAUCAUGUUGCAUACCCUAAUAUUAUUUGUGCGUGAUCAGCAUAUUUUCCAAUUGUGUCACUGUGGCUAUAAUUAUACAGGAUGGUGUUGCUGUGGUAAGU